AUGUUCGAGUGUGGGGGACUUGUGAUCAGCCUGCGCUUUUGUCACAAGUUAGGUGACAUGUGCACCAUGGCGACAUUCAUGAACUCAUGGGCUACCGCGUGUAGGAGUGGAAUCCACGAAGUAGCCUCGCCGUAUUUCGAGCUGUCGUCUCUAUCCCCAGUGAAGGGGUCGGGGGUAACUCUUAUGCCUCCACUUCUUGCUGGAGUAAAACUCACCAUGAAUCGGUUCUUAUUUAGUAGAGCGGCCCUAUCGAGAUUAAAACUAGCUGGGCCUAAAAAUGUGCGGAUAUCGAGAGUGGAGGUCAUGUCCGCACUGUUAUGUAAGACAUUCGUAACUCUGGAUCGAGCUAAACAUGGGCGUCUGAGACCUCUUGUCAUUUGCCAGAAUAUGAACUUGCGUGGGAGAGUUAAUCUACCAAUACCGACAAAUGCGUUCGGUAACUUCUACACCAAGGUCAACGCCCGACACACGAUGCAUUAG